AUGGAAGGGGUUCUGUAUGGUUUAAGAUUCCCUAGGAAUACCAUUGAUUUAAUAAUGAUUUGUAUAAGAACUGUGAAAUUCUCUAUCUUAAUAAAUGAAGACUCAGUAGGGUUUUUUACAGGCAAGAGAGGGCUAAAGCAAGGAGAUCUAAUCUUUCCUUUGCCUUUUGUUUUAUGCAUGGAGUACUUCAUUAGGCUGAUUGGUAUGCAGAUUAGACAAAAUGUGAAUUUCAGACAUCAUAAAAAAUGCAAUAGUAUGAAUCUUGUGCAGCUUUCUUUUGCUGAUGAUCUUUUAAUAUUUUAUGAAAAUGAUGUGGAGUCUAUUAUAACUAUUAAGAGUUCUAUUGACAUGUUUUCUAGUUUCUCUGGCUUGUACCCUAAUAGAUCUAAAAGUGAGGUUUACUUCAAUGCAAAUAAUAGAAAUAAUGCAGUCAUUUUGGGUAUAAUGGGGUUUCAUGAAGGGUGUUUGCCUAUUAAGUACCUUGGUGUCCCUUUAAUCCCCACCAGACUGACAAAAAACCAUUGUAAUGUGCUUAUCUUCAAGAUCACUGCUAGAAUCAAUCAUUGGACUACUAUGAGUCUAUCCUAUGCAGGAAGACUGCAGCUGAUUAACUCAGUCCUCCUGAGUAUGCAGGUCUACUGGUGUUCCACCAGCUUAUGUUGCCAAAAUCCAUUAUUAGAGGAGUGGAGGCUGUUUGCAGGCACUUUCUCUGCCAUGGGACAAAUGGGAAUAAAAAAAGAGCUCUAG